GGGGAAGACAGCGGAUUUGCGGGGGUGCGUAGUGCCACCAGAACAACGAUGAGGAGGGAUGGCGGUCGUCGCCAGUACCACCACGAACACGAUGAUAGGGCAGAGGCGCCUCCAGCAGCAGCAGCAACAGCCACAAGACCCGUCUCUUUCAACUCUCGACGCCAGCAUCAAGAUCCCCCUCAGUCCGACAACACCAGAGCACACCCAUCGAAACCAGGGACUGCCUCUCACGCCAAGCCCUCUCAUGUCCGAGGGCGCGGAGACUGCAACAGCGGUAGCGGCGGAGGCAAAGGUGGAGGGGGUAUCUUAAGCAGGCUUGGCUCCCCCCCACGCUCUCCUCGGGUCGGCAACCAAGACCGCGCCGAUGACAACACCAACCCCAAUGUCCAUGGCAGGCCCGGCUGUCCUCCUCCGUCCCCGCGCAACGCCCUAUCGAGGAAAGAUGACAACACCAACCGGAAGCAUGAUCGACGAGGCGCUCACCGAUCGAGUGCAGCCACUCUCUCGAGGACUUCAGAAGCAGCGAAAGGAGAAGCGCGGCUGGGGUCCAAUGAUGCUGGGCAACCAUUGCCGCACCCACUUGCUGCAGCUAAAGCCACCACCGCCAAGCAGGGGCGGACAGAGCACCACCGCCAAAAGCAGCCCGGAAAUGCGGCAUCGGGUGCCAACUCGAGAAACGGGAGCGGUGGGUCCAAUCCCGCCUUCUCCCCUUCCUCUCGGAGUGGCGGUGUUGUAAACAACGCGGUGAACAACGCCGCGAAAUCGAGAUCCGGUCGCCAGCGAGACGAGGGCGGUCGUGGCGACAGCAACCCCGUCGGCUCGCGGAAGGGAGAGAGCGGGGGGUCAAGAGUAUCUGGAGGGCGACCUGAUGCUGGUGCUACUGCUGUACCCGUACAUCGUACCGGAGAAAAGAGCAGCGGAAGUGGCAGGGAGGGUUUCCGCAUCGACCGUUACUGUGCAGAGCACAGCAGUAUGCUGCAGAAGCAGCAGCAGCAGCAGCAGGAUAAAUACGCCCGAGGGACGUGCAUGUCCAUGUGUCCAGAGUCGGAGAGGAGGGAGAGGGAGGCGGAGGGGGGGCUAAGCUCCUUCGAGGCCACGGAGGCCACUGCAGGGGCGUCGGUGUCCUUCCGACAAAGGAUCGCGGACCCCAAGAAAGCGGUCAAGAAGUACCGUCGCUCGGCCGCCGGGAGGGACAUGCACAGGUCGCAACUCCGAUCUCGUCCCAAGCAGGACGAAUUUCCUCUCCGAGGCUCCGAGUGUCGUGUCGAGUUGCUUGCCUUGGAGGCGUACAUGUUCGUGGAGGAUAGGCUUCGAGCGGUGCGGCAGGACUUGACGGUGCAAGGACUGGCGUUGGAAGGGACGACAGGGGCGGCGGAAGUCCUCCAAACCACGGCUAACUUCUACAUCUUGGCGGGGUUGGGAGUCUUCUCUUCAUUGGCGGAGCUUUUCUUCCAGGGAGCGAGGGCGGAACUCCCUUCUCAAAUCUUGAAUCACCACCAGCAUCACCACCUUGGGGUGGACGAGUACCUUUGCCUGCAAGCGGUGCACGCCUUGGCGACAGCAAUCUCAAACAGGAACAGCUCUAGCGGGGGAGGCACACAGCUUGGGGACGCGGCCGGCGAGCAAGGUGUCGGCAGGCUGUUCACCACUACGGUCUCAAAGCUGAGCAGCGGCUCGUCUUUCUCCUUGCUGUCACCCACCAACCCGUGCGACGGAGAAGGCGAGGAUGCUGGUAUCUCUUCGACUGCAGUGACAAACCCUGUCGAGGGUAGAAUACUACCAGCCCCCGUGUCUUUCAGAACAGCCUUCCCGAAGAUGGCGACGGCAGUUCGAAUUUUGGCGGUGGUGCGCGACGGGAAUUGGUCGGAGUUCUUCCGGCUACUUGGCGAUUUCACGCCGAAACCUAACGACGACGCAAUACGCGAGGGCAAGACGCUGCUGGUCGGGGGUGAGCACGCUUCAUCCCCUUUUGCCGUUCGCCUUCGGUGCGUAUGCCACGGCAUGCUUCUGCCCGUGAGGGCCCACGCGCUGAGAGCUAUGAACAAGGCGUACGGAAAAAGCGAGAAGGUUCCGUUGGUAAGUGGCUCUCUUUUCGGAAGUGGGCAGGCCGACGUCGCGAGAAUAUUGCGGGCACGCGACGAGGAGCACGCGGAAGGCAUCUGCAGCUCCCUCUCCCUCCCCAUCGAGGAGAUCAAACACGGAGACGGCAGCAACACGGGCGUCCACCAAACGGAUGCAAAAGACCAACCAAAGGCGGUGGUCUUCAAGUGCGUACCGGCGGUGUGGAAGUCAGAGACGGCGAAGAAGACUGGUUAUUUCUGCGGCACAAAUAGUGGCGAUGCGCGACGUUGUACCUUGCGAGAGGAUGACUGGGUGGGCUUAACGCGAGCAUUGGCUGCGUCUGCAUCCGCCAAGAACAGAAGCAGUAGCGCUGACAGCAACAAGACCGCCGCUACCGCUACGUGCGACGCGUGCGCCGGUUUCGGGUGUUCAUGGUGCGACAACGGCAUCGUGAAGGCCGAAGACGGUAUUUCCAGGUUAGCGAAGGAGGAGGAGGAAGGUUUGUGGCAGGUAGCUCUCUGCCCCACGAGUAAGACAACACACGGCUGCAAGUAGACGACUUUCGCUGUCGGGAAC